AUGCAGAAGCCUUCUCAGACGGAUGCGGGUUCAAAUCCUGCUGUGCCUCAUGGUCCUGGGCAUGCGUGUGUGCUGGGAAUAGAUAUGGGCACCACAUCUGUGAAAGUGGCUUUGGUGGAAGAGACGGACCAAGGGCCAGCGGUGAUCGAGAAUUGCACUAAAGAGACGCAGGCACAGGUGGAGAGCCAGGCUGCUGGGCUGCAGGGGGAUGAACAAGACGUUCGGAAAAUCAUCGCUGCCCUGAACGAAUGCCUCCUGGCCCUCCCUCGAGAACGUCUGCAAGGGGUUUGCCGCAUUGGAGUCUCUGGGCAGAUGCACGGGAUAGUGUUUUGGAAAGCUGGCCAAGGUUGCAAAUGGACGGGGCAAAGGUUUGAGCCAGAGGCAGUCAGUCACCUGAUCACGUGGCAAGAUGGCCGCUGCACCAGCAGCUUCCUGUCCUCGCUCCCGCCACCGCGAUCGCACCUCAAUGUGGCCACAGGGUUCGGUUGUGCCACGAUCUACUGGUACUUGCGGAACAGCCCAGAUUUCUUGAAACGUUACGAUGCUGCCGGAACCAUCCAGGACUAUGUGGUCACCAUGCUGUGUGGCCUGGCGCAGCCCCAGAUGUCUGUCCAGAACGCUGCCAGCUGGGGGUAUUUCAGCACCACCUCAAAAACCUGGAAUACAGACAUCCUUGGAGAAUCCCACUUCCCCGUCCAUCUGCUUCCCAAGGUGGUUGACCCCGGAGACCUUGCAGGGGAGACUUCCGAUGCGUGGCAUGCAAUUCCAAAGGGCACCAAAGUCGGGGCUGCUCUGGGGGACUGCCAGUGUUCGGUGUACUCCUGUAUGCCCGAAAGCACCGAUGCAGUCCUCAACAUUGGCACCUCUGCUCAGCUGACCGUCCUGGCCCCCUUCGGCUUCCAUCCGGGAGAGUCCCCAGACCCUCGUUCGCCCGUGACCUACUUUCCGUAUUUUGACAGCCGCUACCUGGCCGUGGCAGCCUCACUGAACGGCGGGAACGUCCUGGCGACAUUUGUGGACAUGCUGGUCGAAUGGAUAGCCGAGCUGGGACUCGAAGUCCCCCGUUCCCUCCUCUACCCGCGGAUGAUCCAGGCCGCCCUGGCCCGAGCCGACACGGCCCUCUCCGUGUGCCCGACCGUCUUUGGCGAGAGGCACAGGCCCGAGCAGCGGGGCUCCGUGACGCACAUCGCGGCCUCCGACCUCUCUCUGGGUCACGUGACCCGAGCCCUGUGCCACGGCGUAGUCCAGAACCUGCACUCCAUGAUGUCUUCCCAGCGCCUGGGGGAGGCAGGGGCGAAGCGGAUCCUGGCCAGUGGCAGCGCCCUCUCCAGGAACGAAGUGUUGAGGCAGGAAGUGGAGAGGACGUACCCCUUCCCAGUGGUUUACGGGAAAGACAUGGACGCGGCAGUAGGGGCCGCCUUGGUGAUGCUGCGCCGGAAGUGAGGUCGGAACCCGGGGUGGCAGAAGCCCCGCCCUCUGGCUGGGACGUGGGUGUGCCACACGCAGAUGCCCAGGGAGCCCAAGGGGGAAGAACAAGGGGGACCCUCACUGUUUGCAAGAAGGCGUGGCCAGGGUUCAGAGCCCCCCUCCCAUGCAGUUAAUGAGGGCUGUGUGCAGAUGGGCUGCCAGGUAGUGCCACAGACAACCCCUGGCGGCGGAGGACAGUGCGCAAGCACCAGCUGUCCACGGUUGGCAUUUGGGCCUUCAGCCUGUGGCCUGAAUGGAACCAAUGGGCCUGGUAGGUGCUGGACCCCUGAACUCUGUCCUUCCCCCAAAGUAAUAGGGGGGAACCCCCCCUUGGACAGGUCAAGGAGCAAAUUGGCCGUGGUGGCCAGGGGAAGCGUUCCACUCCCACGAAUCAUUUGCCAGUCCUCGUUUUCGUGCUCGUAAUAAAAA